UGAUAAAAUGCAUGCAAGCUUGCAUACUUCAUUGAUUAUACACAAUAAAGUAUAUUUAUUUUAUUGUGGUGUCUGUGUCUAAUGGAGGAGGAAGUGUGUACAAGGUACAUAUAUGUUCUUUUUCACAUGGAAUUGGUAGGUUUCAGAAAUACUAUACUGUAUGCAUGAGAAUAAGUUAUGACCGUAGCCAGAAACUAGAUAGUAAACAGGAAAUAAUGUGAUCUGUAUCUAUUGACUGAUCAUUAAUGCUGAUAGCAUGCAGCCUACAGGCAAUUAUGUCCAAAGAUUGCAAGUUAGAAAAGGUUGUUGCCAGCACAAUUUUUGUUCCGAUAAUAAUCUUCUUGAGCAUAUUUUACCUCUACAAACGAUGUAGAAAGGAACCACAACAACAGCUCCCUCCUGUGUUUGUGCCUGAUGAUCCGGGAUUAGAAAAUGGAGAGUCAGAAGAACCAUGCCCACGGCCUGACAUAACUGGGCACUAUUUUUAUCACCAGCCUGUUGUAUCAUGGGUUGAUACAAGUCGUAGAUGUACACUACCAUCAACUACAGAAUAUCUUAUACACAACCAAGAAAUACAGAACACUGCUGAAGCUAACUGUUAUGACAAUGCAGCAAUUUUUAAAUCUAGUGAAUCUUUGCAGAGUGAUUCUGGUUUUGUAGAUAGUUUUAGAUACUGGAAGAUGCAGCAGCACUUAAAACUUCAGAAGAGGAGGAUGGAAAAAAGAGAGAAGACAUUACAAAAACUACUGGCAGAAACAACUCUUCACGAGAAUUCCUUCAAUACUCAACCAUUAGUCUUUCAGAAAAAGAAUCCAAUAGUAAACACUAGAAGCUGCUCAUGCAAACACACAAGGAUAUGUCUGAGGAAACCAAGGAAACAACCAAGCAGAUGCUGACUUAGAUGCUAAUUGUGAUUUUGAGAGCAUAUCUGAAUAACUCACAUUAUAAGCAUUAAUGUGGUACUGUAUUUGACUGACUUUCUGGGGAAGAACCAGAAAUAUGAGCAUUUGAAAACCAGACAUAUAUGGAAACAGAUUUGAUGAAAGUCAAAAACUAGCAAUAAGCAGUUAAUAAACUGAAGACACAAAUUGUUCCAAUUAAAAGUCAUGGUAAAACAGAAAGGUGCUUAUGUCUUGACAUCACGGUUUUAUCUGCGGCAUUCCAACAAUCUUCGCACCCUGAACUAAAAAUGAAGGUUAGAAUUUGAAUGACUUUCUUAGGAUAAUUAGUUCCAGAGACAUUUGAAGUUAAGUCAUAAUGGAAACUCAGAUUUGAUAUAAGUAAAACUAACAUAAUUAUAAAUAAAUAUAAUGUUCUAUAAAAAAAAAAAUUAAUGCAAUAUCAACAGAGGGCACUGAUCAACAGACCUUAAAGAUUUUAUCUAUAGCAUCAACAAUCUGUGCAUCAUGCACCCACUACAUGUUUGGCAGAUUUUUAAUUCAUUCACAAAAAUAAAGGCAAUCCAAAAAUGAGAGCAUCA